UCGAUCUCUGAACACAGGAAAUUAAACUUGCACGAUCUCCGGCCAUGAAGCUCGCCGCCGCCCUCCUCGUCCUCUGUUUCCUCUGCUCGCUGCAGCAGCGGUCCGGCGCCCAAAGCUGCAAUGAUGCGGGCUUCUCCGACGGCAUGAGCUACGAGGUCUGCAACCCCCUCUCCGUCCUCAACUCCGUGCUCCAUUACACCUACCACGCGUCGAACGGCACCGUCGACAUCGCGUACCGCGCGUGGCAGUCCGCCAGCGGGUGGGUCGCCUGGGCCAUCAACCCCGACGGGGUAGGCAUGAUCGGCGCCAACGCGUUCCUUGCCUUCCACAACGGAAGCUCUGUCAUGCUCUACACCACCGUGUUCACCAACACAAACCCCGCGCCGUCGGACAUCACCGACGGGAACCUCACCUUCACGGUGCACAGCCGGAUGGCGGAGUACUCCUCCCCCGGCGGGUACUACACCAUCUACGCCUCGUUGGAUCUCCCUAGGAACCGGACGUCGCAGAGCACGGUGUGGCAGGCGUCCACCUCCUUCAGCGGCAGCGUGCCGUUUGGCCACGCGUAUACGGGGAACAACAUCAUAUCGACGUCGACGAUGAAUUUUCUGUCCGGCCAGUCGACUUCCGCAGGAGGGAUACCGAGGCUCCACCGGAAGAACAUUCACGGCGUGGUGAACGCGAUCAGCUGGGGAAUUCUCCUCCCCAUCGGAGCCAUCAUAGCGAGGUACAUGAAGGUGUUCAAGUCCGCCGAUCCCGCUUGGUUCUACCUCCACGUCGCCUGCCAGUGCUCUGGCUACAUCAUCGGCCUCUCCGGCUGGAUUCUCGGCCUCCAGCUCGGCAGCGACUCCAAGGGAAUCACAUACCACAAGCACCGGAACCUCGGCAUCGCCAUCUUCACCCUCGCCACCGUGCAGGUGUUCGCCUUGUUCCUGAGACCGAACAAAGAUCACAAGCACAGACUCUUCUGGAACAUCUACCACUACGCGAUCGGAUACGGCGUCAUAGUCAUGAGCAUCGUCAACAUCUUCGAGGGCUUCGACAUCCUGGACCCCGAGAAGAAGUGGAAGAACGCUUACAUCGCCAUCAUCGCCACCCUCGGCGCCGUCGCGCUUGCGCUGGAGGCCGUCACCUGGCCCAUCGUCAUCAUCAGGAGGAGCAGCGACGACAAGGCUCCCCAUGCCGGCCAUGGCGAAAACGGCUACGCUUGAAGCCAUAGCUGCAUCGAUCAGCUCGGUGUAGACAUACGAUAGAGAAGACGACCUCCAUACUUUUGAUCGCCGCUGCUUAUUGUUUAGAGAUACAGAUACCUUUGGAGAUUAGUCAGUUGUAGGGUUCUUAUUCUUUUUGCAGAGAGAUGGCUUCAGCCAUCAUCGGCCAUACUUAUGCCUGUACACUACACGAUUUAUUUCUAUUCUUCUUCUUGAUCUUA